AUGUAUGACUGUAUUGGGGCAAUCGAUGGCACGCACAUUGCACCGCAUGCACCUGCUACAAAGAGAACUGCAUAUCGUGGUAGGAAGGUUGAAAUAACACAAAACGUUCUUGCAGCAGGCUUGUUCGACAUGAAAUUCACUUUUGUUUAUCCCGGUUGGGAAGGUAGUGCAACUGAUUCACGAGUGUUAUUCGAUGCGCUUACACGUCCCGAUGUAUCCUUCCCGCUCCCUCCUACGGGUAAAUAUUACUUGGUCGAUGCGGGUUACACAAAUAUGAUGGGAUUCCUUGCACCAUAUCGUUUAGAACGCUAUCACUUGGAACAAUUUCGUGGACGUCGACAUCGACGUCGUCCAAAUGGGUAUAAGGAAUUGUUUAAUUAUAGACAUUCAUCGCUAAGAAAUGUGAUAGAACAAUGCUUUGGGGUGUUGAAGAAUCGUUUUCCUAUAUUGAAAUCUAUGCUGAACUACAUGCAAGUGCGACAAGGCAUAAUAGUUAAAGCAUGUUGUGCUUGUCACAACUGGAUUCGCAUGCACUUCGCAAAUGAUCCAUGGUUCAAUAGGUGUGCAAGGUGUGGUAAUGCACAUGCGAGGCAAGCAACACCUCCAACUCCUGUGGUAGGAAAUUCCAAUACGAAAGAUGAAAUCAUGAACGAAAUGAUUCAAUUUCAUGAUGAAAUUGCAACAGCAAUGUGGAACAACCAUAGGGUCCAUCCAUAG